AUGAAAGUCUCUCCAAAGAAGCCUCACUUUUUUAAACCCAUCCUACCAGGUUUCAAGCACGGAAUUAAAAUUCCUAUAGGUUUCUUGAAGUAUUUGAAGGGACGCGAGAAUAUUGAACAUGCAAUACUGAGAUGUGCUGGUAAGAAGUGGCAAGUGAAGGUGAACGGCCGGCGAUUAGAAGAAGGUUGGGAAAAGUUUGUAGAGGAGCAUGAUUUGCAAUAUGGAGAUAUGUUGGUGUUCAGAUAUGAAGGAAAUAUGGAGUUUGAAGUUUCCAUAUUUCAUUCAAAUCAAUGUGAGAGAGAAUAUGAAGAAGAACAAGAAGCCCAUAAUGUUGAAGAGACUUCCAACAAAUUUGAAUUCAAAGGAAUUGACAGUCACAAGCCUUUUAGUCAAACUCAUUUUGUACGAACUGUUAAACCCUAUUGCCUCUCAAAAGAUAUGUUGAGUAUCCCUAAGAAAUUUGCAUGGGCAAAUGGUCUCAGCAACAAGAAAUGCGAUUUGAUUAUUAGAGAUGAAAGGCAAAGGUCGUGGAAUUUAAUAUUACGUUCUUAUAGUACUAAUGUGUAUAUUAGCGGUGGAUGGAAUGAAAUCCGUGAUACACAUUGCUUAAAGGAGGGAGAUCAUAUAAUGUUUGAAGUUGUUGCUAAUGAAAAGAAACCAACAUGGAAAUUUCAUGAUAUUACGCAUAUGUACUUUUUACUGUCUGGGUUCAUUCCAAUGGUGUCUCUUCAAGAGAUGCGAGAGUUCAAUAAUCAAAUGAGGGCUUAUGAUGUUGAUCCGGGCGAAAAUUGGAGUGAAGGGACAAAAAUUGGAACAAUAGCAUCAAACCAGUGGAAAACCCCACUAGCGCGGGCAUUAGCGCGGCCUUAG